GGGUUUAUUGUCAGUGAUGAGCAGGAGAUGAUUCCAACAUCUAACUUUCGAAGGUCUUUCAGGAAAAUAUCUGCCAAUGACGACGAACUCGCUUGUGGGCUGACGGAGUUGUCACACAAGUAUGCAAAACUCGUGCCGAAUCCUUUGCGCGCAAAAUCCCAAGGACAUAUGGUGUAUUCGGUCCCUCUCAUAAUCUUCAUGGACGACAUAUCCGGCAAUAUA